AUGCAAAUGCACAAGCUAGUUAAGGAAAAGCUAGAUUUUCUGUUAGUUGUUGGAGGGUGGAAUUCAGAUAACACCUCUCACCUUCUGCAAGAGAUUGCAGAACUUCAUGGCAUUCCCUCGUAUUGGAUAGAUAGUGAGGAGAGAAUAGGCCCUGGAAACCAUAUAGCCUAUAAGCUCAAACACGGCGAGUUGGUUGAGAAGGAAAAUUGGCUGCCUGAGGGUCCUGUGACAAUUGGUGUAACAUCUGGUGCCUCUACUCCAAAUAAGGUUGUUGAAGACGCCCUUAACAAGGUGUUUGAUAUCAAGCGUAAAGAGGCAACUGCAACUAGUAUAGUCUGA